GUAAUGGAAUGAAGACACUGCUUUGAUAUAAUGGAUGAUAGAUCCAGCAAGCUCAUCUUGGUUCCUAUUUUAGCUGUUCUUUUUGUUAUGAUAGGUUACCAGUACAUAUGUCCCGCUGGCAGCAAUUCAUGCCACUUUAAGACUGGGGAGAAAUUAAGGGGGGUAAGUCUACUUUCCACCCCGUAUCAGGACAGCGACGAUUUUUACAGAGAUCAGGACCUGGAGGAAGACAGCCCUCCGAAACUACCGUCAAAAUUCAACUUCACCGAAAGAGACCUUGAGAGGCACGUGGAGUUCAACAUCAAGGGAGACGACGUGAUAGUAUUUUUGCACAUCCAGAAGACUGGGGGAACCACUUUCGGGAGGCACUUGGUGAGGAAUAUUCGCUUGGAGCAGCCGUGCGACUGCAAGCCCGGGCAGAAGAAAUGCACAUGUCACCGACCGGGGAAAGAGGAGUCCUGGCUCUUCUCCCGCUUCUCCACCGGCUGGAGCUGCGGGCUGCAUGCAGACUGGACCGAGCUAACGAACUGUGUCCCUGUCAUUAUGGACAAGAAAGAGGCGCAGAAGAACAGAAGGAACUUCUACUACAUCACCAUGCUGCGCGACCCAGUCUCCCGCUACCUCAGUGAGUGGAAGCAUGUACAGCGUGGAGCCACAUGGAAGACCUCCCUCCAUAUGUGUGAUGGACGCUCGCCCACCCAGGACGAGCUACCCACCUGCUACACUGGGGAUGACUGGUCCGGUGUCACCCUGACUGACUUCAUGAACUGCCCAUCCAACCUGGCCAACAACCGGCAAGUCCGCAUGCUAGCAGAUCUCAGCCUGGUGGGCUGCUACAACCUGUCAUCUAUGAACGAGAGCGAGCGCAACCACAUCCUGCUGAGCAGUGCCAUGAGCAACUUGAAGAACAUGGCCUUCUACGGCCUGACUGAAUACCAGCGAAAGACGCAGUACCUGUUUGAGCGGACGUUCAGCCUACGCUUCAUCUCCGCUUUCACGCAGAUCAACAGCACGCGCGCCGCCAACGUGGACCUGAGCGAGCCCGUGCGCAAACGCAUUGAGGAGCUCAAUUUUCUGGAUAUGCAGCUGUAUGAAUAUGCGAAGGACCUGUUCCUCCAGCGUUUCCAGUUCACCCGCCAGCAGGAGCACCAGGAGGUGCGCUUGAGGAGGCGUGAGGAGAGGCGCUGGCUCCGGGAGCAAAGAGAGCAGGGCAGGUCCUGGCUGCCCAAACGCAGAGGGGAUGGAAAUAGAAGUGGGAAGGGGGGAGGGUUGGGGAAAGGGAGCGACGGUGAGUUUCCCGCCACCACGGAGGACUACACAAGCCAAGUGGCCCGUUGGUGA